GAGAACUGCUACGUAGAGACUCCGUGUACCAGGAGCUGCGGAGAUGGGUUUAAGCUUCUCCUCCCAAACCCUGAUGCUCUAACUUGCUACGGAGCUGCACUUCAGGUCUUUCCGUGUAAUGAUGGUCCUUGCCCGGUCCACUGUACCUGGGGACACUGGACCCCUUGGUCCACCUGUCAACUCAGGCAGGGUAGGUCCAGGGUCCGGAGGGAUGGACCUGGAGGUCACGGACAUCAUCAUCCUCAUGGACAUGAUCAUGCUCCUCAUGCUCAUGAUCAGCCUCAGCUUUCCAACCAAUUCAUUAGUCUAUUAGGUCAUCAACAAGCUCCUGCUAUUCCACCCCCCUUCAGCUCCUCACCCCUUGCACCAACUUCAGGGGGGUAUAAUCCACCAGUUCCUAGCGCAGGAGGAUAUGGUGCACCAAUUCCUGAGUAUGGUGCACCACCACCACUGCCGAUCUAUGGUGCAGAUUCUGGGUUCCCGGUGUGUACACAAGAUCGAACUCGGUACAAGCAACGUCCAGCCUUAAAUGGCGGAGAUGAAUGCUGGGGGGAGGCGGCGGAGGAACGAUUUUGUCAAUCUCAACAAUGUCAAGGACCUCCUGGUCCACCUGGACUUCCCGGCAACGAUGGACAACCAGGCAGGAACGGAUCCCCUGGAACACCUGGAACUCCAGGUAUAAGAGGACCACCUGGAAAUGAUGGAUCUCCGGGUAAUCCAGGAUAUCCAGGAAAAGACGGCAAGGACGGUCUUCCAGGGAACCCUGGACCACAGGGUCCUGCGGGUAAGGACGGGAAGAACGGGCAGCCAGGACAACAAGGACUACCUGGACCACAAGGUCCUCCUGGAGCGGCUGGUCCUAGAGGACGGUUUGGUGACAAGGGUCCACCGGGACCCACAGGACCAGUAGGACAAACUGGACCUCAAGGUAAGGAUGGCAGCAAUGGUCCUCCUGGACCAGCUGGACCUCCAGGACUAGACGGAGCUCCAGGAGUUGUUGGACCUAUGGGACCUGUAGGACCUCAAGGGGUCCAAGGAGAGACUGGCGCACCGGGACCUAGAGGACUUCCAGGACCGAAAGGAGAGGCAAUAGAAGCUCCUGCGAGCUAUGGAGCUCCGGAACUCCCAGUUUAUGAGCCUGCACCUCCAGUUUAUGUGCAACCUAUUCAAAACAACUAUGGAUCACCCCAACUCAAUCAGCAACAGCAUCAUUCACAACAACAACAUCAUUUACAGCAACAGCAUCACUCACAACAGCAGCAUCAUUCUCAACAGCAUCAACCUUUCUUUUUCGGAAACAAGCGAGAAAUCUCAGCGCCGAAAACCUUAUCCUUGAAAGAUUUUGGCAACCAGGUCGUUGAAAUCUCCCAAGGGUUGACCGCUCCUGUGGAACAAAUCAGUUUACUAAAGCGUGGGAUAUCCAUUGAUGAUUCAGAGUUGUCAAAAGUUCUUCCGAUUAUAUCUGAUGCAUUUUCCUCGACAGGAAGUCAACAUUCGUUUAAACCAGUAACACCAGAUGAAUAUACUAGUCUGCGGGGAAGUUUUGAGCCUGAGAUCGGGCCGAUGAAUAGGGAUCAAAAUUCUGGGAUUGAAUCUCAAAAUCUGGCCGAGUUUGGAGCUAAGAAGUUUAGUAAACUUGAAGAUAUUGUGGUUGAAACUGCUCCUAUCAAACAGGUGAAUAAGAAGCAAGUGGAAGACGACAUUCGAGCCCAAAUUCUGAACAUUGAAAAUGCGCCAGAAUUUUCGCAUCAGAAACGAGAACGUGGAUCAAUUCCGUUCCAUAUUCCCAGACCGAAGGGUGCUCCACCCUCAAGCAUUCAUAUGAAGAAAGUUGGGAAACCAUAUCCAACCCGAUUCAAGCAGGGAGAAAAGAAUACCACAGAAAAAGUCUGAGAAACGAAACAAAUCACUAUAAUCUUAAAGAUUAAUUUUGGGCAUUUUUAGUUUUUGUUACUUAUAGAUUCUUAGCGUUUUUUAUUAUCAACAUAUUGAAAGUUUUCAACAUCUGUUAUUUAGGUUGUUAAAAAAGAAUUAUCAAGAGGUUUAAAUAAUCUGACUAAACAUAUUGUGAUUUAACGAGGAAGUAAGUUUUUAACGAUAAUAUUUUUAAAUCGUUUUUUGCUCUUUGUAAUCAUUCUAGGGACUAACUGCGGUUUUCUUACACUGGCCUGGAUUAUUUAGAAGUGUUAUUAAUUAUGAAUUCUCCCGACCAUGAAACAAAUGUCGGAAAAGUGCACCAACGACUAAUUCGUUUUUGCAUCAAUGAAUAUAAAUAUCAUCAAACUUUUUAUAAAAUACGGAAUUAAAAGGACAAAUAAAUGUACUUUAUUUAAUUAAACUUCAGUACGUUAUUUCAUCCACCCUUCCGCCUAAUGAGUUUAAAUAUCCGCGUGUUCAAUGGCGGCCAUCUUGAAUUUAAUGUCCCGGUAAAUUAUCAAGAAAAAGGGAGGUUUUCCAAUUUAUUCUAAAAUAAAUUCAAGGUUCAGGAUCUAUCUAGUCAUUUUACAUCUAUAGUCAAUUUAAACUGUUUUACUAAUGGAUUUAUUUUGUUUAUAUAUCUUGUUAUGUAGUUACACCAUGUUUUGUUAAUUUUCAAAUACAUUUUAGUUAAACA